AUGUCGACGUUCAGCAAGAAGCGAAAGCGCGCAGAGUCGGUCUCGAAUGCAGGAGUUUCCCUGCAACUGUCGAGCCACGAGAUCCCUGAGUCUGGCGCCGCUGUACCAGUGCUUGUCAGUACGCCUGGUGUGGACCUUCCGAGCUCAACAUCCUUCAAAGUAUAUGGCAAGAAACGCAAAAAUGGUGGAGUUGAACCGGGAAAGACCAUGGUGGCAGGAGAAACCCCGACGGUCGAGUUCUUUUCCUCGUUCGAGUCCGAAACGAACACUCCAGGCUCCCGAUACGUCGUCGCGCUGCAUGAUCGAAGCACGAAAACUCUACGGCUUUUCACUCCUACCUCCGAUGGUGCGGCAGUUCCUACUCCAGUUCACUUUCUAAAGCACACCGUGAAAUCACUGAAGUCCCUCCCAUCUUCGCUGCCCUCUGUCCUUCCGUACUUUGAGGCAAGGAACACCCUCGGAGAGACAUUCGGUACCAAAAAGGCCAAAGCCCAAAUAAAACAACGCGAACGCCAAAAGGUCGACGUGGAUGCAGUCAAAGGAGUCGUAUCCCAUAUUGUAGACGCCAUUGACAAGGGCGCGGAAGGUUUAACAACGAAAGAGGAAGCACAAGAAGUGGCUAAUUCCACGCGUCUGGUUCCUCCAUUUUCUGAUACAGCUACCGACCCCGCGGACGUCUACCCCUUGCACAACAUCAUACCAGAAGUUGAAUGGAAGGCCCUUGGGCCAUCCAUAUCACCCGUGAUCGCUCUAGGUACUGGAAGUCGAGCAAAGGAGCGGCAGGCGAUAUUCCCAUUCAAGCACAGCUCGUGGGUUAAUGAUCAUAUUGCGCGAAUCGUACAGACUGAAGGGAGAGGUGGCAUAGAAGGCAAACAUGGAAAGAAGAAUUUGCGAAUAUUGUACUACAUCUCGGCACUCUUCUUGUUUCGCAACAUCAUGCAGCGGGGCGGCAUUCAAGGGUUGGAAAAGGAGGCAAUCGCUGAGAAGCUCGAAGGAUUACCGGGAGUGGUGCUUGACGGCCUACUUUCGCGGUUCACAGAGACGACGAGGGCUUCCACGAAACACGUUCUCACUACGGCGAUGCUAACUAAGCUUCACACAUACAUGUUCGCGUUAUGUUUACGCGUGGACAACUACGCUGCUGAUUCGACGGUGAUUGCAAAGGACCUCAGCCUGGGUGUCGCACAGACAAACCAGUUGUUCAGGUCAUUAGGGUGCAAACUGUCGGCGCUCUCCGACCGGGAGAGAGCGAGAUUGGGUUUACCCGACAGUGCCAAAGACACGAAGAGAGCGGUGUUGAACGCUCCAGUGGUGUUCCCUAAGCCAAAAGCAGGAAAGAGAAAGUAA